AUGGCGGACCCACCCGGCCCUCCGCGGGUCGGUUGCCGGGAUACUAACCACAAUAGAGGGACAUUAGCCGUGAGGGUAGUGUACUCCUCAUAUCUUGAGCGCCCGCCCGCCACGUCGCCUCCUAAUGGUGGACCGGGCGUUUAUAUUGAAAUACCCCGCCGAAUUGUUAUGUAUGCCCGGUGCGGCGUGGGUGCGGUGACCUCGAUGCAGUUCGUGGCGCUGUUGGCGUCCUACCUGGUCUUCCGCCGGCGGUUCCGAUUGAAUAAAACUUAUACGGCGCGGGGAGGGAAGGUGACGGAUAUUGAUAUCCGUUAUCCGGCGAUCGGCCAGGGUACAUCGUGUGGGGACCCGGAUAUUGUUGGGCCUUUGGCGCCGACACGCAGGAUAUUGCGCGACUUUUAUCAUAAUACAUCGCGUCAC